AGAGAACAGAAAAACAAAGGAAAAAAAAAACAGAAGAGCUGAGUAACUGCCAUUUUAAAAGAAACUCCAAGCGAAACGUUUCUUGUUUUUUCUUGAAUUAGAGCUAGCUAGCUAGCUGCCAACUUUGCUUAUGGAAUCCCUAACUUUCUCGCACCGCCUGUCACCGUUUCCGGUCACCACUACCACCGCUAAAACCGCCGUAAUUUCCGCUUCAAGACGAUGUUCUUUCCGUCCAAUGAAGUGCAUUUCUCUGUUGAGCUCUUCUCUAGUUUCUGAUGAAGCGAAGUUUUCUGAAGCGGCUAAACGAGGAAACUUAGUACCGCUUCACAGCUGUAUAUUCUCUGAUCAGUUAACUCCGGUUACUGCUUACCGGUGUUUGGUUAAAGAAGAUGAUAGAGAGGCACCGAGUUUUCUUUUUGAGUCUGUGGAACCCGGUUUUAACGUUUCAAAUGUUGGGCGGUAUAGUGUGAUUGGAGCUCAGCCAGCAAUUGAGAUUGUGGCGAAAGAAAAUAAGGUUACUAUAAUGGACCAUGAAGAAGGUACUAUGACUGAAGAGUUUGUCGAAGAUCCAAUGACAAUACCGAGAAGAAUUUCAGAAACCUGGAAGCCUCGUGUUAUCAGCGAACUUCCAGAAGCUUUUUGUGGUGGCUGGGUCGGCUAUUUCUCAUAUGACACUGUGCGAUAUGUAGAGAAGAAAAAGCUGCCAUUUUCAAGUGCUCCCGAGGAUGAUAGAAAUCUAGCAGACAUACACCUUGGCCUAUAUGACGAUGUUAUUGUAUUUGAUCAUGUGGAGAAGAAAGUUCAUGUAAUUCAUUGGGUGAGGAUGGAUAAAUACUCCUCUGUGGAGGAUGCUUAUUCUGAUGGAAUCAAACGUUUAGAAAAAUUGUUGGCAAGAGUGCUGGAUAUUGACCCCCCAAGGCUUACUGGAGGAGUUGUAAACUUACAAACUCGUCAAUUUGGUCCAGCUUUAACAAAUUCAAACAUGUCAAGUGAUGAAUACAAGGAAAAAGUGUUACAGGCAAAAGAACACAUACUGGCAGGAGAUAUAUUUCAGAUCGUAUUAAGUCAGCGUUUUGAACGCCGAACAUUUGCUGACCCCUUUGAAGUCUACAGAGCAUUGAGAGUUGUGAAUCCCAGUCCCUACAUGACUUAUUUGCAAGCCAGAGGAUGUAUUUUAGUUGCCUCAAGUCCAGAAAUUCUUACUCGUGUAAAGAAGAAUAAGAUAGUUAAUCGGCCAUUGGCUGGAACAAUCAGAAGAGGGAAGACAUCUGAAGAGGACGAGAUGUUGGAGGAACAGCUACUAAAUGAUCCAAAGCAGUGCGCAGAGCAUAUAAUGCUGGUGGAUUUGGGCAGAAAUGACGUUGGAAAGGUCUCAAAAUAUGGUUCAGUAAAAGUGGAAAAGCUUAUGAAUAUUGAAAGAUAUUCCCAUGUCAUGCACAUAAGCUCCACGGUUACAGGAGAAUUACAAGAUGACCUUUCUUGCUGGGACGCUUUGCGUGCUGCACUGCCUGUGGGAACUGUUAGUGGAGCACCAAAGGUGAAGGCAAUGGAAUUAAUCGACCAGUUUGAGGUGAGCAGACGAGGCCCAUAUAGUGGUGGAUUCGGAGGUGUCUCAUUUAUGGGCGAUAUGGACAUAGCAUUAGGCCUAAGGACAAUGGUGUUCCCGACAGGACCUCGGUAUGAUACUAUGUAUAGAUAUGGAGAUACAGAACGACGACAGGAAUGGAUAGCCUAUCUUCAGGCUGGUGCAGGUAUCGUAGCUGACAGUGUUCCCGACGAUGAGCACCUUGAGUGCCAAAAUAAAGCUGCCGGUCUUGCUCGUGCCAUUGACUUGGCCGAAUCAGCCUUUCUCGGCCCCAAUUGACAAGCCUGUUGCCGGAGAGAUUGAACACAUGCCGUCAUGCUUUAUUUUCAGGUACAUAUGCUUCCCUCCGUUCAGUCCUGCCUUUUAUGUGUUGCUACCUGCUCAGUUAGUGAGCUAGUGUUGCUUGGUAUGGAUAUAGAAACGGGGAGAUGAAUUUGCAUAAUGUAUUUGUUAUCCUGUAUUUCAAACUUCCCCAAUGUGUUAGUCUGCAUAGGUUAGAGAGAGAGCUUAUAGUUGCGAAAUCCUUGGAUUCCAACCUUUUCAGUUAGCAAGAAAAAUGAGAUGCAAUGUAUUAAUCAAAUGUGAAACUGUUGUAACUGAAAUUAGAUGAAAGGUUUUUCUUUUUUUUA